ACUUGUAUUCGCGCAGGCGCGGUACAGCAGGAAGAGUCCGGGAUGGCUGUUGUUUUAUCAAUUUGAAAAGCAAGUCCAAAGAUCCAAACCAUGAAUAUCGUGGGCCAGCUGGCAGAGACGGUGUUUGUGACAGUGAAGGAGCUGUACCGUGGCAUUAACCCUGCCACUCUCACUGGAGGGAUCGAUGUCAUUGUGGUGCGACAGCCCGAUGGAUCAUUCCAGUGUUCCCCUUUUCAUGUCCGCUUUGGCAAGCUGGGUGUGCUGCGAUCCAAGGAGAAAAUUGUGGAUAUUGAAAUAAAUGGAGAAUCAGUUGACCUGCACAUGAAGCUGGGUGACAAUGGAGAAGCUUUUUUUGUGGAGGAAAAUGAAAACAUGAAGGUCCCAGCACAUCUGUGCACCUCCCCAAUUUCUCAUGAGGUCCCUGAAGAAAUGGCGGAGGCCCCUGAGGGAUCCUCCACUGCUUGGUCUGCCACCCGCAGAAAGAAACGCCGCCGCAAACGCAUGCGAUCUGAUACUCACCUGAGAGAAGACACCAGCUCCUCAUCCGAUGAGCCAGAAAGAGAGAAGGAGUGGGAGAGAGAAAGUGAUCAGGCAGGAAAGGAGAGUCCUGCUCAACACGAGUUUGUCACAGCAUUGCAAGUCAGCAAAUCAGUUUACUAUUCGCUGAGUGAGGAACCAUAUGAGGAGCUGGAGGCCAUACAGACCUGGGAUACUUAUCCACACUCAGGCAGAGAGGGGUCACCCUUGGAAAGCAGUGUGUUUAACAGCCAGCCAUCCUCUCCUAAGAGCGACUCUGAGCUCUUUGUUAAACCCCCAGAGCCCUCUGGCCCUCAGAUGCAGUGGAGCUGGGGAGGUUUUCCUGUGGUGUGUCAAUCAGAGAGGAUGCCGGUGGAGGUACAGUGCAUCUCCCCUUCGGGCAGUUCUCAUUUUCGCACUAUAGAGAGACAGGGCUCCUUUGACAAUGGCUUGGAGCCUGUUAUCAGCUGUGGCAGAUUGGGCAGCGUAACAGUGAUCAAACCCCAACCCAGAACGAACUCCGUAGAGCCAAGUAGCCAUGCCAUGCAAGCCACACCUUUAUCUGAGGAGAAAAGCCUUCACAUUGCCCCUUUCACCCACAGUGACCUCUCCAGGUAUUGUGCAUCACCACUGAAGACUACUGUAGACUCAGUCCAAACACUUGAAACUACAUUUGUUGCAGAGGAGAACAGAGACUCCCCUUCUUAUUCCACUAGUCAAAUUAAUGGCACAGAUUUCCUUGAUGGCAAAGAAAGCACAGUCAGUGUUGCGCAUGUGACUGAGACAAUUAGUAAAAUGAGUGUGGUCAGUGUAACCAAGCCAGGCAACGAACAGAAACGAGAGAGAGAAGACUGCACAGUUACAAUAAGUAGCACAGAAUCUUCAAAUGUCCAACAGCAGGGUGCUUCAUCUGAACACAGCGAACAGGGUCUGAGCAGUAGUCACCCUGUCAGUGAGGGGGACAGUGGGAUAGAUCCCUGUGCUGAGGGAGGGGAAGAGGAUGGCGCACCUGGAGUAAUGGAUGGGUCACGCAGAAGCUCACUAACCAAGACUGCCCCAAAAGCAGAGAUGAGAGAUGCCGGGGCCAGCUGGGCUGCCACAGAGGCUUCAGCAGUCUCCUCUGAGGCAGCCUCCAAAAUGGAAUGUCAGGACAAGAAGAAAGCUAAACGUAAUUACCAUCUAGGGCCAACAGACAUUUACUUGGAUGAUCUGACCUCGCUAGACCCAGAAGCGGCUGCACUCUACUUCCCCAAGAGUGACGCAGACGGAGCGUUUCAGCAUGGAGCAGAGCAGGGCUCCUGCUCAGGAAGCCAGUCACCUCAGUCAGUGGGCAGUGGGGCCAUGGACAGCGGGACAGAGUACCUGUCUGAUUCCGCCUCCUACAAUGUGGAUAUCAGCAUGUCACUCUGUGGACAAGAAGGCGACACGAGUCAAAUCACCCAAAAAAGGUUUAAGGAGCACAUAGUGACAUACCAGGAUUUCACCAACAAUCCAGGAAUCAUUGAGGAUCCUAAUCUAGUCAUCUGCAUCAACUCCAACUAUUACAACUGGGAAGCGGCUGCUCCAAUGGUUUUGUCAAUGACAGCCUUCCAGAAAAACCUGCCCGAGACUAUAAUAGAGCAGCUGGUAAAAAGUAAAAUGCCCAAAAAGUCUGGACCCUGGUGGUUCUGGAGGAGAAGCGACAUGGACAAAAACCAGCAAAAACAAUCAGAGGAGCAAGGGGAGCCACUGGCAAGUGAUUCUUCCACAGUAAAAGCCACACUGGAGGACCCCGACAGUGAUGAGGCAGCAGGGCUCGCCCGAAAAGCCGUCAUUCCUUCAAGCAUAUCCACAGAAACUCUUAGCACCGUUCAGUGUAUCAGCCAGAUGUACCGUAAAUCACUCCGUCUGACCUCUGAACAGAUAGAGCACUUACACUUGCGUGAAGGAGCCAACAACGUGGUGUUCAGUGUGACCACACAAUACCAAGGCACCUGUCGCUGUGAAGCUGCCAUCUAUCUGUGGAACUGGGACGAUCGCGUCAUCAUAUCAGAUAUAGAUGGCACCAUCACAAAGUCGGAUGCUUUGGGUCAAAUUCUACCUCAGUUUGGGAAGGACUGGACACACAAAGGCAUUGCCAAGCUCUACCACAAAAUACACAAAAAUGGCUACAAGUUUCUGUACUGUUCAGCGCGGGCUAUAGGUAUGUCUGCCAUCACUAAGGGCUACCUGCAGCGGGUCAGUGACAAAGGCACGGCCCUUCCUAAAGGCCCUGUAAUCCUCGCUCCCAGCAGCCUCUUUUCAGCACUACACAGAGAGGUUAUUGAAAAGAAGCCAGAGGUGUUUAAAGUUGCUUGUCUCAGUGACAUCAGGGACCUGUUCAGUCCAAGGAGAGAGCCAUUCUACGCAGCCUUCGGCAACAGGACAAAUGAUGUUUAUGCCUAUAAGCAGGUCGGAGUGCCUGACAUCAGGAUAUUUACUGUCAACCCAAAAGGAGUGCUCAUCCAGGAGAAGACUAAGGGAUACAAGUCAUCGUACAGCCACCUCAGUGAGGUGGUAGAGCACUUCUUCCCUGUGCUCUCUGUCAAGGGCAGCGUAUCCUCUAGUUUCCACUGCCCUGAGUACAGUAGUUUCUCCUUCUGGAAGGUACCUCUGCCAGAGCUGGACCUGGAUGCACUGCUGUAGAAACAUACCUCCAUCUAACAAAAUACAUAUACAGAUAUACUCUGCACGGUGUCUCUUCUCUUCAUUCCCAGAAAGGCAUUUGAAUGUAUUUUACUAGCAGGCCUGAAUACUGCUUCUGAUAGACCUGCCAAAAGGCAGAGCCUGUUUUAUGAGCCACUGAAUAAACUGGAACAUAAAGAGACAUCAGUCCCUCCAGACACUGCCUUGGAGAUAGCGCCAAAUAAUAUGCAUGGACUUGCCAUUCAAAAAGCCAAGUUCAUAAACCACUGUGCAGUAUUUAUUCUGUGUUCUUACACUGACCGUGACCUAUUUGGAUGUGAGAAUCCUACAGUGGACAACUGGAUAAAGAUGCCUGUGGACUGUUCCAGUGUUUUGUGUAUACCACUAUUAUAGUCAUUCCAAAAUGUACAUUUAACCCGAGCAUUGGCAUGAUAAUUCUAUCACCCAUUCCAGUUCUAAACAUGACAUGGACCAACAAUAUAUUUGUACAGAAGUAGAAGAACUUUAUUGGAAGCAUGAAGUGCACAUGUGAAAACUUAACUACGGUGUCUUAGCUGCUACUGCCUGCUUCCUGUGACUGGUCUGAAUAUUUGAUCAGCGCACAGCUUUUACCUAAUGACUGUAAAACAGGCACAUGUAGCUACAAAACAAACCUAUUGUCCCUUAUUCAGUGGAGAGAAGAGAUAUUGUAAAUGGUCUUAUACUUACAUAGCACUUUUCUAUGCAAUGAAGCAUACUCGGUGCGCUUACUAUUUAGUCUAUGUUGUUGACAACAGAGACCGGCUAUGGAUUUGAGGGCUGUGAGGGGGAGUGUUUAUAGAUAUAUGUGAGAUAUAUGUGUACCAAGCAAUCAAAUACGAUGUUAGGAUGCAUUUUAAAUGCUUUGGCUUAUUUUAGAGUCUGUUGUAGUGUAAUAGGUAUGAGAUGGUGUUUUCCCUGACAAGUGUUGAGCACUGUUGCUCUGGUCAAGCACGGGUUUGCCUCAGGCAUGAAAAUCUCUUAAAGCUCUGGAUGGGAAGCUAGGUUUUAAGUGUAAUAAUGGUUUAAUCAAAGCUGAAUGUGCAUUAAAAGCUGUUUUUUAGGUAUAACAAUGAUUUUAGUUGACUGUGAGGACUGCAGUGACAAAUUGAUCUGAGCAUAUGAUAAUCAUUGUGAAAUUGCACAAAUCACAUUUCACAUAUUUUACUCUACCAAGCUUAGAAAUGUUUAUACACUACAUGAAUGCAGAGGUGGGUCAGACUGACAGGGAGUUUUUUUCCAGAGAUGGGGUUACUGUAUAUUUAAACUAGUGAUUUAGCCUUCUGCUGCUGUGCCUUUGUACUAUAAGGGCACUAUUGUAUUUGUUUUUGCAUAUUUUUCAUCAGGCAAAUGUGCAGUGAUGCAUUGGAGCCAAGGAUGUUGCUGUUACUUUUUUUUAAAUCAAAUAAAUGGAUUUUAAAUAGG